GAACGAGGCCGAGUCCUAUGAAGUAGUAUACUAUGAACUAGGGUACCUAGUACCUAAGUGAUCCUUGCUACAAACUUGUACCUUCAAUAAAUUGGAUGCGCUCAAAUAAAUGAAGCGCGACUCAGCUUCGAGGUCAUAGCUACGGGUAGGUAGAAAAGCAGGAGCCAGGGAGCUUCAGCCACAGACGUGACAGAACAGAUGCAACAUUUUAUCUCUGUCGUCACAUUGACCCAUUCCCAUCAUUGAUUACAUUGCACUUGAAAUAAUUGCGACGACCGGCUUGCGACGUAAACUCUACUUUUUACUUUUACAUCUUUUACAUGCACAACCUAGAUGGACAUUUCGUAACAUCUGAUCGUGACGCCAUCAUAGGCCUUUAGUUUCCUGUUUAUCUUUUCCAUAUUCAAACUCUUUACAAUUCAUCCUAUCAUUCAUAUAUGUGUUUCGAUCUAUAGUCAUCUUACCAUUUCCAAACUGCCUGUUCCACGUUCAAGUGAGAUUCAUUAUUCUUAACCCCCCCCUCCUUUGCCUCCAGCUUAAAGCGCUCUGGUGAUCAGUAAUGGGGGUGUUUACUACGAGAACGACCGCGGUCGCGUCCGCUGGUAUUCGAAUAGGCACUCUCGUCUUUCUUCGAUGGGUUGCGGUACCCCCUCUCCUUACGGCAAUAUAUACCCUAUUCGCAUUAUACGUCCCGAGUUUCAUCGCGAGUUAUAUGACUGCGCCCAAAUAUGCGGUCGUUGACGAAGUCGAUGUAAUCCUGAAAGAAGACAUAGUAAACAGAGAUGAACUUGCUAAUGGAGAGACGGACGAAGCUGUUGUUGUUAGACAAGUUGAGGUCGACGAGACGGCGACAAUAGUGCAGAAGCCGUUGAACCCAAUUAGUACCUUGCUGAAAGGGACCCCAAAUCCAAGCAGCCUUCUCCUAACGGCUAUCAACUUCCUCAUCAAUGCCGCAUGCGUUGCGAUGGUCACUGAUAUGGUAUAUUCGCCUACGUGGUAUCAUCCUAGUCACGAUCUUUCGUUCGCUCGCGUUGGCUACGUCUCGGAUACUGAAGCGAAAUUGCUUAUCCGAGAACCCGACCAGUCCAAGAUGCCCAUUACCGUUCAAGUUCAUAUCAAAGAUGCCCAACCGCCGUUCGAUAAUCCUUUGUGGCAGACUGCUGGUGGUGUCAAGUGGACCACCAACGAGACUGACUAUACUGCCGUCGUGACUAUUCCCCUGAGCCAUUCCAAGCAACGCGUAUACGAGUGGACCACCUCCAACAACCAUUCUGGCGAAUUUACUGCUGCCCCUAAACCCGGCGUUAUGCCAGAACUUUUCGAUGGAAAAUUCACUUUCUUAUCCACUUCGUGCAUUGUCCCUCGUCUUCCAUACAAUCCUUUGGAUCAUCCGUUGGCUUUCCCGGGCAUGAAGCACUUGGCUAAAGUUCUACCAAACCUCGGUGCGCAGUUUAUGCUAUUCCUCGGCGAUUUUAUCUAUGUCGAUGUGCCCAAGCGCUUUGGCGACUCGGUUGAAAACUAUCGCCAGAAGUAUCGACAGGUAUACGCCUCCCCAGACUGGCCAACCGUAGGCCAGAAUCUCAGCUGGAUUCACGUGUUGGACGACCACGAGAUCUCCAAUGACUGGGACAAGAACUUGACAGGCGUAUACCAAACAGCUGUCGAUCCGUGGCAUCAUUACCAGACCGCUGCAAACCCACCAGCCGCUAAGAAGGCUGGAGGCCACGGAAUCACGACUCGCACUGGAGCUACAUACUUCUCUUUCACUCAAGGCCCCGCUAGCUUUUUCAUGCUUGAUACCAGGUCUUAUCGCUCUAAGAACGCAGAGCCAUAUGACAGUGCGAACAAGACGAUGCUCGGAGAUACGCAGCUUGAAGACUUCCUGGAAUGGUUGCGCCGUCCGGAGCCGAAGGGAGUUCAUUGGAAGGUUGUUGCUAGCUCUGUCCCAUUCACCAAGAAUUGGCAAGUCAAUACAAAGGAUACCUGGGGAGGAUUCCUCGUCGAACGCCGUAAGAUCCUUGAGGCCAUGUGGGAUGCGAGCAACGUUGGGGUGGGCGUGGUGAUUUUGUCCGGCGAUCGUCACGAAUUUGGCGCAACUGCGUUCCCACCUCCAAAGGAUGACAAGUGGCCGGAGAGCGCGACUGUUCAUGAAUUCUCAGCAAGCCCUCUAAACCAGUUCUACUCCCCUAUCGGCACCUAUACGCAGACAGACGACGAAGAUGUUGAGCUCAAAUAUAUAAAUGUGGGCAACUCAAAGUUUGGAGUGAUCACAAUUGAAAAGUUGGCAGAUGGGGAGCAGAGUAGUCUUAAGUACACGGUCUACAUUGACGGUGUAGAAAAAUGGGACACCUUAAUUUUGUCACCGAUCACCGAACAGCCCGCAAAGGCUGUCGGGGGUGGUUCUCUAUGGGACAGACUUCGGGGCCUAUAAUCGCUGUGUAGUGCAUGUACAGGUAGGUAUGGGUGUUGCUAGAUACGAAAAUAGCUCUACAGCUACGGAUAUGCUCACUUUCUGAGCGGGUUAGCUGCUAGGUAGAUAGAAUAAUUCAAGACUUUUUCUAAUA